AUGAGUGGCUGUGCAAGUGGGCUGGCUGAGAGGGCACCCACCAAAGAGCUACCCAAGCUCCAAUACCUGUCCCAACUGUACAAAGUGUGCACCCACCCCCACCUCAGCCACCCAGAGGUGCAGCCUUCACCCUUGCAGCCCUUGGUUCCUCAGGCCUCCAACUUUCAGGUACAACAGCUGGCCUCAUCUCAACAUCAGUCACAGGAGCUUCAAGACCAGAAACUGCCACCACCAUUGGGGACCAAUAACAAGGACCUGCCUGAAUUUGUGGUCCAUCUUGUUGAGAAAAAUACAACCUUGGACACUUUUCAAGCUUCCCUCAACAAAAAAAAUGGUUCCUAAUUCAAAGACUCUCUUAGAAGCAACUUGUUACAUCUCAUGCAGACCACGCAGCCUCAGCAAAGCCCUGCUAACAAAGAUCCAGCUGUUGUACCAAAGACAGCAAUGGAGAAGGACCUGUUCCUCGCAAUUUGCUGACCAGACAAUCCUACAGUCCGGACCCAGCUUGAUGAAGAUGAUGUGAAAAUAACCAUGGGCAUCCUCAAAGAGCUAGAAGCUCUAAUGCCCAGUGAUGCAGCAUGUGAGAGGCAGAGAGGCUCUGAACACCUGGAUAGGACAUAGAAGAAGAAAAGUCAGAGUCAAAGUGGAGACAGAGACCACAGACUGAAACAAUGGUCCCAAUCUAAGACUCCAGAUGGGAAGAAAGUGAAAUCUAGAUAUUGAUCUAGCAGAAGUCAAAGUCCUAUCAAAGACCAUAAGGACUGGGAUAAACAUGAGGAGAAAAAGAAUGACAGCAGGUGAGACAGACAUGUGGAGCAGCCUCUGCCUAAAGAGUCUUCUGUCUGGGAAAUUUACAAUGGCAAAGUUACCAGUAUCACGCAGUUAGCCACACACCCAACAGAACUGCCCUCCAGCAGCCCCACUCCCAGCAGCUAUGUCUCCAACAGACCUACCCCCAACAGCCUCACCCCCACCAGCCACCAGCCCUGCAACCCUUGGUGCCCCAGGCCCCCACCUUUCAGAAUCAGUACCCCAGGAGGGGAAGAUGACAUUCUCCAAAGAAAACGCCUCACCCGAAUCUCCGAUCUUGAGAAAUGGGAGAUUAAACAGAUGAUUGCGGCCAACGUACUUUCCCAAGAAGAAUUUCCAGACUUUGAUGAAGAGAUGGGAAUCCUUCCUCAAGUGGAUGAUGAUGAAGAAGACGAAGACCUAGAGAUUGAACUGGUUGAGGAAGAACCUCCCUUUCUGAGAGGCCACAGCAAACAAAGCGUGGACAUGGGCCCCAUUAAAAUUGUGAAGAAUCCGGAUGGCUCCCUGUCCCAAGCAGCAAUGAUGCAGAGUGCUUUGGCCAAAGAAAGGAGAGAACACAAACAGGUGCAGCGUGAAGCAGAGAUGGACUCCAUUCCUACGGGACUCAACAAGCACUGGGUGGAUCCUCUGCCUGAUGCGCAAGGGAGGCAGAUUGCUGCCAACCUGAAGGGCGUUGGGAUGAUGCCUAAUGACAUCCCAGAAUGGAAGAAGCAUGCUUUGGGGGGCAACAAGGCAUCUUAUGGUAAAAAGACCCAGCUGUCAAUCAUCGAGCAGAGGGAAAGUCUCCCCGUCUCCAAAUUGCAAGAGCAGCUUGUGCAGGCUGUUCAUGACAAUCAGAUCCUGAUCGUUAUUGGAGAGACAGGUUCUGGGAAGACGACACAGAUCACUCAGUACCUUGCUGAGGCAGGUUACGCCUCCCGGGGGAAAAUCUGCUGUACACAACCUCGAAGGGUCGCGGCCAUGUCCGUAGCCAAAAGGGUAGCUGAGGAGUUUGGUUGUUGCUUGGGACAAGAGGUGGGUUACACGAUUCGUUUUGAAGAUUGCACCAGUCCGGAAACAGUCAUCAAGUACAUGACGGAUGGGAUGUUGCUCAGGGAGUGUUUGAUUGACCCCGACCUCAGUCAGUAUGCAAUCGUCAUGUUGGACGAGGCUCACGAGAGGACAAUUCACACAGAUGUGCUCUUUGGGUUGUUGAAAAAGGCAGUGAGGAAGCGGCAAGACAUGAAGCUGAUUGUGACCUCGGCCACACUAGAUGCAGUGAAGUUUUCCCAGUAUUUCUAUGAAGCUCCCAUUUUCACCAUUCCGGGCCGAACCUAUCCCGUGGAGAUUCUCUACACUAAAGAACCCGAGACAGAUUACUUGGAUGCCAGUUUGAUCACAGUCAUGCAGAUCCAUUUCACAGAACCAGCAGGCGACAUCCUGGUGUUUCUGACUGGUCAGGAAGAGAUUGAUACUGCCUGUGAGGUCUUGUAUGAACGCAUGAAGUCUCUGGGACCCGAAGUCCCCGAAUUAAUCAUCCUCCCCGUGUAUUCUGCUCUAUCCAGUGAGAUGCAAACCCGCAUCUUUGAGCCGGCUCCUCCUGGUAGCAGGAAGGUUGUCGUAGCUACCAACAUUGCUGAGACGUCUCUGACCAUCGACGGGAUCUACUUCGUGGUGGACGCCGGGUUUGUGAAGCAGAAAGUGUACAACUCCAAGACUGGGAUGGACCAGCUGGUGGUGACUCCCAUCUCUCAGGCCCAGGCAAAGCAGAGGGCAGGCAGAGCUGGGAGAACAGGGCCUGGAAAGUGUUACAGGCUCUAUACAGAACGAGCCUACCGAGAUGAAAUGCUGACCACCAACGUGCCCGAGAUCCAGAGGACUGAUUUAGCCAGCACGGUGCUCUCUCUCAAGGCCAUGGGCAUCAACGACCUGCUGUCCUUUGACUUCAUGGAUGCCCCCCCAGUGGAAACUCUGAUCGCAGCCAUGGAGCAGCUGUACACACUGGGAGCCCUGGACGAUGAGGGCCUGCUCACCCGGCUAGGGAGGAGGAUGGCGGAGUUUCCCUUGGAGCCGAUGUUGUGCAAGAUGCUGAUCAUGUCAGUGCAUCUGGGCUGCAGUGAGGAGAUGCUCACCAUCGUAUCCAUGCUCUCAGUGCAGAAUGUCUUCUACAGGCCCAAGGACAAACAAGCCCUCGCGGAUCAGAAGAAGGCCAAAUUCCACCAAACCGAAGGGGACCACCUCACUCUCUUGGCGGUCUAUAAUUCUUGGAAGAAUAACCAAUUCUCCAACCCCUGGUGUUAUGAGAAUUUCAUCCAGGUUCACUCCUUGCACCGAGCCCAGGACAUCCGUAAACAGAUGUUGGGUAUCAUGGACAGACAUAAACUGGAUGUGGUGUCCUGUGGCAAGGCUACAGUCCGUGUCCAGAAAGCCAUUUGCAGUGGCUUCUUCCGAAAUGCUGCCAAGAAGGACCCGCAGGAGGGCUAUCAAACUUUGAGUGACCAGCAGGUGGUCUAUAUCCAUCCCUCUAGUGUUCUCUUCAACAGACAGCCAGAAUGGGUGGUCUACCAUGAGCUGGUGCUGACCACCAAGGAGUACAUGCGGGGGGUCACCACCAUUGACCCCCGAUGGCUGGCAGAGUUUGCCCCAGCCUUCUUCAAGGUCUCGGACCCGACGAAGCUCAGCAAGAGAAAGAAGCAGCAACGGCUGGAGCCCCUGUACAACCGCUUUGAGGAGCCCAAUGCUUGGAGGAUCUCCUGUGCUUUCCGGAGGCGCUGA